AUGGCACCUGUCUAUCAUGGCCAGUGGCGUUACGACAAUGACACUUUAUACUUCACUUCGUUCUCCGGUCAUAUCUAUGCACGCGCGACAUCCUCCGAGCUGAAUGAGAUUUUCAGUGCACCACUAGGCGCCAUAAGGAAUAGACCCGACAAUGAAGCCGACUGGUACGAAGCACAGCUUUCCCAUUUCGGACUACCGCCAGCCAAACGCAAUACUUCAGCCAAGAUGAGACUGAUGGAGGCCUUCCAAGAGGGAAAACUAGUGGUUCCGGAGAAAAUCUUCGAAAUGGAAGAAACUCUGCAACUCAAAUGGACCAAACAAGACUUGGAGUCCCGUAUUCUUGGUCCUUCCAUGCAGCCUUCACUCGAUCAUGGUGCCAUUCGAGCUCCGGCGACUGGAAUGACUCCAUUCAGCGCCAUCCUGGGACGGUCGAAGGAAGAAGUGCCAAAUUACUUCACUGCAGGCUUGGCUGAAGGAGCCAGCAUUCAAGGUGAAGCUGGUGGCCCCGACUUGCAGGUCCAGACCCAUGUCAACCCGAGCGACAAGACUUUCCACCAACGAUCGACAGGUAUUCCAACACCAGUGGAGAACGAGCGCGGGCGCACAGCUCUGGGUAGAGAACUGCAGCAAGUUGAGUAUCAGACCGUGUCUCUAUCGCAAUCAGAUAUCAUCAUCUCUGACCAGAACACACAGGGCACACAGCUACCUCCUUGCGGGUUCAUGGGUGGUGAUGACGCGAGUGACUAUUAUGAGCACGGUUACAAGUCAGCGAUAUAUUCGGGCAAAGCUUCCCAAGGCUAA